AUGGCGGAAAAACAAAGCGGACAAUAUUUGAAGAUACUCAGAUCAGAUAGAGGAGGCGAAUAUACAUCAAAGUUAUUUGAAGAAUUCUGCAAAGAGCAUGGCAUCAUCCAUCAGCUGACAACCAGAUACACACCACAACAAAAUGGAGUUGCAGAAAGAAAGAAUCGCACAAUCCUGGACAUGGCAAGAAGCAUGAUAAAAGAUGAACAAGCUGAUGAUCAAGGUCCUCAACAAAAUGUACCAUCGUCGUCAAGCAGCAGCAGCGAUGCCAGUAACAUAAUAGAAGAUCCUGAAGCACCUCCCACAGAAGUUCGAAGAUCCACAAGAGAGAGAAGAAUGCCAGAAAGUAGCAAUGAUCGAGACCAUCAGACUUCUCACAGCAGUUGCAGCACAAAAAGGAUGAAAAAUUUACCAGAUGGAUGUGAAGUCAGCAUUUCUAAAUGGCUACCUAGAAGAAGAAGUUUAUAUUGA